UUUUUUCACUGGUCCAAUUCGAAGAAAACACUCUCUAACAAUAAUUUUUUUUUACUCAAAACUUGAACCUAAAACCUCUAAGUAAGGGAGAAGCACCGACUACAUUGAACUACAACACCAAAAAUAACAUCUCACGAAAGUUUAUGAGCAAAAAGAAAAUAUAUAAAAAUAAGGAAAGCUGGCACGCUAUACAAGUAAAUACUAUUAAAAAGGAACUUAGCUUUAUUAUUGAGGUGGCACGUUUAACAUCCUUAGUUAAUCUUCCUCCAAUCACACCAAAACUUCUCCUCAGGGACAGAAAAAACAUUUGGAAGAAAACGUAAGUAAUACAUAACAAAAAAAAAAAAGAAAAAAGAAAACAGAACCAAUUAGGGCUAUUUUUUAUAAAUAAAAUUCACAGUCACGAACCACAUACAUUUUUUUGUUCAAACAUGCACCUGAUCACUUGAAAACCACAACUCCUAACUCCCAAAAUAAUUUUCAUAAUUUAUUUUUUGAAAAAUCAAAUUAAAUAUACUUUAAUUAAUAUUAUAAAAUAUAUUUUAUAUCAUAUUAAUAUGAAAGGAAUUACGGCUUAUAAUAUUAUUUGUAUAGUAAAUUUCUAAAGCUUAAAUUUGAUAUAUUAAUUUAAUUUAAUUUUAAAAAUAAAUAAAUUCUCUUGACGUGAAGCAUGACAAGUAAAAUGGAAUCAAAAAUGUAUAUCUUUUUAAAUCCAUUUAAAGAUUUGCAAAAGACACACACCACCAUUGUUUAAUUCUUUGGUCUUGAGACUCUUGACCUUUACAUUUUAUUUUAGUGACACUUUCUGCUAAUAUAACAUGACAAUUGACAUGAGUUAAUGAUUUUGCUUAUCUUUUGACAUUUCUUAAGGGACAAUUGAUUCAAAUAUAAUUGUUUAAUUUAUUGCUCAAACUUUAAAGGAGUACUAACUAAUCAUCAACCUGUCAUAUAAAAUAAAACGUAUAAAUUGUUAAUAAAUAGCCUUUAAAAAGUAAAUAAUGUGAUAACGAAUACACAUAAUCAUGAAUGUUUAUUUUGUGCUUUUAUAGCUUCUUCAAGAAACUAGUAAUAAUAGUUUGCAAGUAACUUUCAAAUAAUUUGCAAAUAACUUUUAAAUACCUUUGCAAACAAAAUUCUUAAAGUAGUUUACUCAAACAACUUACAUAUAAAUAAAGAGCUAAAUUAAUUUAUCCUAAUGAUAAUUGAAAGUGAAAUAAUAUAUGAAUUUCUCUAAUUUUUCUACUCUAUUUUUCUUUUCUAUGACCUUGGUGUUUUCGUCAAUUUCCACACAUCUACAUUAAUUUCACAAAAUAUUUAUUAUCUCCCAUCAAUAAUAAAUAUCAAAUAACGAUGUUCACCUCAACUAAUUCUACUUCAUUUACCUUACAGUAUCUUUUUUCUGGUUUUUCAUUCAAUGUCUGGUACCCGUAUUGGAGCCCGAUUAAUUUAGAUUCGCGUUGGGUAGGACCCCAUUCAGGAGUGGCACUCCCAACAUAAUUUUCUCAAUGUUUAGAAUCAAAUCCUCGACCUUCCUCUGAUUAAGGAUGGAGCAAUCUCAUUCGCUGUACCACAACUCAUGUUGGGCUUAUAUAGUAUCAUUUUAUGUUGAAAUAUGUAAGUGAUCUUGUAAAAAUAAUUAAUGUAAAAGAUUUUUACAGUACAUUAGGCAUAUAUACUUAAUUAUAUUAUAUUUUUUUGGAAAAGGCCAAAGGGGAACCAAAAAGAACAAAAUGCUGAUAGGUGUAGGCAUGCAUGAUAUCCACGUCCACACGCGUUGUCCUACAAAAGGCCCUUUCUAUUCGGUGCAAUGAGAUGAGCGCCCACCGCCUGAUUGGUAGCUACCCACUGUCUCACCUCAUCACCUCUACUUUAUUACUCGAACUAAACUUAUCCAUUUUUUCACAUCCGUUAUGCUAACUUUUUCAAUUUUUCAUCCUUAAAAACAUGAGAAAAAAAGAAGAGUAGGGUAAAGGCCAUGAAUGAUUGGAAACAAAUUGGUAAUAAGUAAUCAAUGAAGAUUUCUCUUUAAGGAGGUGUCUUUUCUUUACUUGGUGAUAGUAAUACUAGUCUUUUAUUAUUCAUAACCGAAGGAAAGACAGCUAGGAGUAAGGCUUAGUUAGUGUGUGCUAAGUGUAAAGCAUGCAUGCAAGUUCAAAACCCUCUAGUAAUCCCACAUGUCACCGCUUUUUUUAACCUGCUCAAACACGUACACCCCACCGUCUGUUUCCAAGUGUCGUUUACUGCCUUUCUCUUCCUUCAUGUUUUGCCUUUCUCUGAUUGGUUGAUAUCUCCCUUCUUAUACCUCUACUUCUAACCCCACCAGUUUAGUUUAAUUUCCCUCAACCCUCCUCUCUGUUUUCUCUAGGUUUGGGUGGUUUUUUGGGUUAAGAGGAGUUUUGAAAGGGUUCUUUUUUCUUUGAAGAAAAAUGAUGCAGGCUUUGAAUACUUACCCUUCAACCUCAAAAACAGCUGAGAUCAUGGCUAGAUACAGGCCAAUAGCACCAAAGCCUGAGGCUCCAACUAGUCCUGGUUCUGAGGAUAAUUCAGGUGGAUUGCCCCCAAACAUUCAAAAGUCUCCUUUCUUGAGGAAUGUGUGGCCUCAAUUGCAAGCAAGGCCUACAAGGACUAGGAAGAGAGGAAGGACUGCUCUUGGUCCACCUUCUGUGAAAAGAGCCAGGGCUAGUUACUUUCCUGCUGGCCAAUUUCCUAUUUAUCAUCAGGUAAUGGCUCCUUCUCCUUCUCCUUCUUAUAGACCAAAUGUUGUUCCACAGUUCACCUUGAUCCCAAAUCUUGUCCCACUUAAAUGUGGCUUGGGCACCCCUAUCACAACUCCAUCAAGUUCCAUUACACUACCUCUUCUCUCUGGCACCUCUACUACUCUUCCUAUGCUAGUGGGGAAAGGCUCUGGAGAGGAAGCUAGAGGGAUUGAUUUGAAUUUGGCAGCUGAUGUGCCUGAAGAGCUAGAUUUCAUGCCACAACUGCAAGAUCAAAAGAGCCCUGCUGUUAUAACCCCACAGCCAGUGCGCCCAGUUGGAUCUAGCAUUUCCAUUGGAUGCAUCAAUGAGGAAGCUUCAGAUGGAAGAAACAAGAAGUCUACGAAGAAACCAGAGGAAGUGGAGGAAGAAGUUGAGGCAGAGGCCUUGCCAGCUGUUGUAUCGGAUUCGAAUAACAAGGUAAGGCUCACAAAUUCAGCAUUCAAAGAGAUGGUUGGUCAACCUGAAUGUUGCUGGCUGGACUACAUGGUUGGGAAUGCAUGCAAGAGAAUUGGUGGGAAAGUGAUGCUUGAGUUCUCAGAUUCUUGCAGUGUGCCAAUGUCAUCAGAUGGAUUUACUUGCUGGGUAAAGAUAGAAUGGGGAGCUGCACAAGGGAAAAAGAAUUCAGUCAAAGCUUUCUGCAAUGCUGUGAAGUUAGCUUGCCAAUCCAAAGAUUAUGUCUUUGAGUGGAGGUUCCAUACCACUGAUGAUGAUGCUCCCCAAUCAGCUGCUUCCAAUAUUUAAAUAGUUUUUUGUCAAUUGUAAAUAAAGUUUUAACUGGUUUAAUGUUGUAAAAUGCAUGCAAUAUAGUAGCCAGCGUAUAUAGUGUUUUGGAAAACCAGUGGAGUUUAAUUAUGUUUAAUAGUUGUUUCCAGCUUAGAUCUGCUGCAAUGAUCCCAGGAGUACAAAGUUAUGUGCCAAUCGUCAAGUGUAUGUUUUAGUUUCUUCUUUUUGUUCUCCGUUUGUACACAUUUUACACACAAUCAAGGGAGUAGGUACAACUACAUACCCGCUGCCAAUAAUAUCCGUUUUCUAUCAAAACAAUCAUCGGCCAAUAAAUAAAGUUGUCCAACUUUGUUUACAACAAAUAACUUUAUUUAUUGAACAGUCAGUAGUUUGAUAAAAAAAUGAAUAUUAUUAGUGGAAUGUGUGUGUUGAAUACGUGUAGCCCUCUGAGUGCAGGGGUGGUACGAAAUAUUCAUUUUAGUUUCCCUUGAUUCUGGUGGGUACAUCUUCCAUUUGAAGUUGUCCGCAUAUAAUUUUGGCUUUAGCCAAAAAUAGAGUUGAUAGACGUGAGAUUCGCUACACCCCAUAAAUUGUCAAUUAGCUCGACAACUAUUUCACAUCAAACACCCCAUAAAUUGUCAAUUAGCUUACAUCAAAGUGUAUAAGAAUAUUAAUAUAAUAAUAUUGGUGUUAAUUGUGUUUGCGCAGUUUGACAUAUUAAAAAUAAUAUGUAUUAUAUAAUUUUUAUAAAAAAAUAUUUAUUGAUAAAAAUAUCCUUUUUAACUUUUUUUGUCUGAUUUUUUUAAAGCAAUGGAGACCCUAACAUUCAAUCAUUUACCAAUUCAAAU